AUGACAGAGCCAAGCAGUAGAAAAGAAGGAUUUAAAAAAUGCCGGAGUGCCACUUUCAGCAUUGAUGGCUUUAGCUUUACAAUUGUUGCAAAUGAGACAGGCAACAAAAAUGCUCGACCGCUUUCACGAUUUGCUCGGUCAAAGUCACAAAACUGCGUAUGGAACACCAUUAUUGGUGGGCUUACCGAUAAUCUCAAAGAAAGGCAGAAGCCAACCAUCAUUCAUGAUCCUAGGACUCCAGAGGAAAUCUUAGCAGAUGAGCUACCGCCAGUGGACAGUCCAGAAGCAUUAGUGAAAACAUCUUUCAGGUUGCGGUCUUUGGUAAAGCAAUUAGAGAGAGGAGAGGCUUCGGUUGUAGACCUAAAAAAGAAUUUGGAAUAUGCAGCUACCGUACUUGAAUCAGUGUACAUUGAUGAAACUAGGCGUUUAUUGGACACAGAAGAUGAGCUCAGUGAUAUUCAGUCAGACUCCGUGCCCUCUGAGGUCCGGGAUUGGUUGGCCUCCACCUUCACGCGGCAGAUGGGGAUGAUGCUUAAAAGGUCCGAGGAAAAGCCCCGGUUCAGGAGCAUCGUCCAUGCAGUGCAAGCUGGUAUAUUCGUGGAGAGAAUGUACAGACGGACAUCAAAUAUGGUUGGCCUGAGCUACCCACCAGCUGUAAUUGGAGUGCUAAAGAAUGUAGACAAGUGGUCCUUUGAUGUAUUUGCACUGAAUGAUGCUAGCGGGGAUCAUGCGCUGAAAUUCAUUUUCUACGAACUUCUCACACGCUACGAUCUGAUCAGCCGUUUCAAGAUUCCCAUUUCUGCUCUUGUCUCCUUUGUGGAAGCACUGGAAGUUGGAUACAGCAAACAUAAAAAUCCUUAUCACAAUCUAAUGCACGCAGCAGAUGUUACACAGACUGUACAUUAUCUCCUUUUUAAGACAGGUGUGGCGCACUGGCUGACAGAGCUGGAGAUCUUUGCUAUGAUCUUCGCAGCUGCCGUCCAUGACUAUGAACACACUGGAACCACCAACAACUUUCACAUUCAGACACGGUCAGAUUCAGCCAUUCUGUACAAUGACCGAUCUGUGCUCGAAAAUCACCAUGUCAGUGCAGCCUAUCGCCUUUUGCAAGAUGACGAGGAGAUGAACAUUUUGUCUAACCUCUCAAAGGAUGAUUGGAGGGAAUUCAGGGCCUUGGUGAUAGAGAUGGUGUUGGCCACUGAUAUGUCCUGUCACUUCCAGCAAAUCAAAGCCAUGAAGAAUGCUUUGCAGCAGCCAGAAGGAAUCGACAAGCCGAAAGCCUUAUCACUGUUGUUGCAUACAGCAGACAUCAGUCAUCCAGCCAAGGCCUGGGACCUUCAUCAUCGCUGGACCAUGUCCUUGCUAGAGGAGUUCUUCAGACAGGGUGACAAAGAAGCAGAACUAGGGCUUCCUUUCUCCCCACUGUGUGACCGCAAGUCUACUAUGGUAGCUCAGUCUCAGAUAGGUUUUAUUGAUUUCAUUGUGGAGCCCACUUUUACUGUGCUGACAGACAUGACAGAGAAGAUUGUAACACCACUCAUUGAUGAAGCCUCCCGCUCUGGUAUGACUGGAUUUAGACGUUCCAGUUUGAAUAGCAUUAGUCCCUCAGAAGUUAAAAGAUCAAGUGUCAAGAGCACUGGGUCAGAAGGAAGUGCCUCACUCAACUGUUCCAUACUCACUGUGGACUUCAAAUGUUUUAAAGCCACCUGGACCGAGGUGGUGCAGCAGAACCGGGAGAAAUGGAAAGCAAAAGCAACCAAAGAAGAAAAAGCUAAGAAAGAAGCUGAGGAAAAUGCUCAUCAGGGAACAGAGGAAAAGAAAACAGAAGAAAAAGAAGAGAAAAGUCCAGCCGAGGAUACCAUGACAGCCAAGUCAGAAAACAGCAAAGAACCAAAUCCUGGGGAAAGUAAGAGCACAGAAUCUAGCAAAGGUCAUGUAAAUGGGACUCAGCAAAGUGGUGUGAACAAACUUGAAGCCUCUCAAGGGAAAAAACAGUCUAGAGCGGACAAGGGCAGUGAGUCUCACCAAGCAACAGGAGAGGAGAAACAGCAUGUCCAAAAUGGUGAAUUAAAGGAUGAUAAUAACCAGUCAGACGAGAAAGAUCAGUCUAGUAUGGGAAAUGAAUCAAAGAAAACAGAUGGUUCAAAGCGACAUUCAAACGAGGCACCAGGCUCAGGUUCCACGACAAGCCACCUUACGUUGCCAGCUAUCAAACCUCAACUGCGCCAUUUCAAGAGACCCAGUUACCACUCAGGAACCCACUUCCCAUCCUUUCACAAGAAAUCCGAGGAACAUCUGGUGAGAUACAAGCUGCUCGACCAGAGGGGCAGGAUGAAAAAGAUUCAACAUAUUUCUCAGAACUGGAACAGGAAAUAG